AUGACGCAACCCUGCUGCCCUGCGUUCAUGUUCUCAGCGCGCUCAGGCCCCGCAUCUCUGCCCAAACAAAUGCGGGCCCCCAGCAGACGCAGCCUGGCUGAGCGACCGUCUGUCUCCAUCUGCCCAGGUCUGUCUCCAACCGCCCGCAUCUACCCAGGUCUAUCUCCACCCGCCCAGAUCUGCCCAGGUCUGUGUCCAUCCGCUCAAGUCUAUCUCCACCCGCCCAGAUCUGCCCAGGUCUGUGUCCAUCCGCUCAGGUCUAUCUCCACCCGCCCAGAUCUGCCCAGGUGUGUGUCCAUCCGCCCAGAUCAGCCCAGGUCUGUGUCCAUCCGACAAGGUCUAUCUCCACCCGUCCAGAUCUGUCUCCACCCGCCCAGGUCUGUCAAAGCCCAGAUCCAUGGUCUCAGCCCGCCUAGGUCUGUCUCCAGCUGCAGGUCUAAGCUGUUGGCCGUGGCAGUUGGGACCUUCCAGAGGCGUGGAGCUGCGACCAGGAAACCAGAGACUCUGACCCUAAUCCUUUCGUGUUUUUGA